CAUAUCUGUGCACAAAUAGAAGGUGGCCAACUUCCAACCGCUAGAAAAUCAACUCUGAUUUUGGACCUUCCUUGAGAUACCGCAUUUGGGAUCGGCCUAUUGAGUUUCUCGGCUCCUCUUCUGCACUAGGCACACUGGAGGAGGGGCGUGUGAGCUCAAGACUUGCUACAGCGCAUUACAUCUGAGCAAGAUGCCCUGAGGUUUGUCGGUCUCAUCACUAUAGACGUUGCCUGGGUAAAACUCUUUACUGUGCCUCUUCAUUUGCUCUGCUUGAGGAAGGGAAGCCAGCUGUGUUAAUGCCUAGACUGCUUGAAUGACAGAUUAAUCAGCCACUCGAUGGGGAUUACCAGUGGAGCAGCUGUUUGUGUCACCUUUCCACCUUUGUGUAGCAAGCAAAACAACUUCAGCACCUCUUCAAUAAUAAUUAUGAAACUGGUAUUAACUGAAUGGCAAUUAUGGAUUUUUAACUCUAGUUCACAGUAAGCAAAACUCAAGCCCAGCAAGCCAUAUGUUGAAUUUCCUACCAAAUAUAGCUUUUUGUUCCUCUGAAUGUUUCAACGCCUACACACGAAAUUGAUGACGGAACCUGUUCGUAACGAGGGGAAUUACAAAUAUUGCUUGCACGAGGAACGCGACACCAUCAGAAAGAGAAGACACCGUAACUUAUCGUUAGAGAUGAUAGUGUUAUUUAUAUAGGUAGAAUAAAUAAAUAAAUAUAUAAAUAUAUAUAUUAUAUAUAUUUUUAUGGUAAUGAAAAUGGCUCCCCAGAAUGCUGACUCGGAAUCUAUGCAAGUUCAAGAGCUACCCGUGGUUCAGCUUCAGAAACCGGAAAACGAGAAUGAGAGUAAGGAAGAGACCAUAAGUGAAGGAUCCAUAGACCGGAUACCUGUACGUCUCUGGGUGAUGCACGGGGCCGUGAUGUUUGGCAGAGAAUUCUGUUACGCCAUGGAGACAGCUUUGGUGACGCCAGUAUUGUUACAAAUUGGUCUUCCUGAACAGUACUACAGCCUCACUUGGUUCCUCAGCCCAAUCCUGGGCUUGAUCUUCACUCCUCUAAUAGGUUCAGCUAGUGACCGCUGUACUCUCAGCUGGGGCCGCCGGCGGCCUUUUAUCCUUGCCCUCUGCAUUGGUGUUCUAUUUGGAGUUGCCCUUUUCCUGAACGGCUCCAUUAUAGGCCUGGCCAUCGGAGAUGUCCCAGACAAGCAGCCCAUCGGCAUCGUUCUCACUGUGCUGGGGGUGGUGGUCUUGGAUUUCUGCGCUGAUGCGACGGAGGGGCCGAUCCGGGCCUAUCUGCUGGAUGUGGUGGACAGCGAGGAACAGGACAUGGCGCUCAACAUCCACGCCUUCUCAGCUGGUCUCGGAGGGGCCAUUGGCUACAUGCUGGGAGGCCUCGACUGGAUGCAGACGUUCUUUGGGGUCAUCUUCGUCUCUCAGGAGCAAGUCCUCUUCUUCUUUGCUGCCAUCAUCUUCUCCGUCUCCGUCGUCCUCCACCUUUGCAGCAUCGAGGAGGAGCAAUACAACCCCCAGCAGGACAGGAUCGACGACGAGGCCGACACCCUUUCGAGCGUCAAGCUGAGCGGCAGCCUCCCUCCCCUGAGCCGCCUGAACGUCAUCAGCGAGGAAGACCAUUACAGGAGCUCCAUGUACCGGGACGAGGUGCAGUCUGAGCAGGACCUCAACAUGGACUUCCUGGACGUGGACAUUGUCCGCAGCAAGAGCGACUCUGUCCUGCACAUGCCCGACGCCACCUUGGAGAUGGAAUCUGAGCUGCUUUUCCUCCAUGAAAUUGAACCUUCCAUCUUCCAGGACUCUUCCUACCCCAACACCCCGCACAGCGCCAGCCAGGAGUACAUGAAGUCCAAAUUCAACCGCCUGUCUGCUUUCCUCAGGGAGAACGAGAAGGAGGAGGACAUGUUACUUGAUAAUCACUUGAACGAAGCCAAAGCCCCGAACAGCAACGGCUCCCUACCAAAAGACCUCCUGAACGGGCACGCCAGGAUCGGCAUGAAGCAGUCGAGCACCUCCAACUCCAUGCGCAGGCGCAAGCACAUGUUCUACCGGCAACCUUCCCACACCUUCUCCUACUAUGGCAAGAUCGGCUCCCACCGCUACCGCUUCCGGCGGGCCAACGCCAUCGUGCUGAUCAAGUCCUCGCGGAGCAUGAACGACAUCUACGACAUGCAGAAGAGGCAGCGGCAGAGGUGCCGGCACAGGAACCAGAGCGGAACCACCAACUCCAGCGGCGACACCGAGAGCGAGGAAGGCGAGACCGAAACCACCGUCCGGCUCCUGUGGCUGUCCAUGCUGAAGAUGCCCCAGGAGCUCCUGCGCCUCUGCGUCUGCCACCUCUUGACCUGGUUCUCCAUCAUCGCCGAAGCCGUGUUCUACACUGACUUCAUGGGGCAGGUCAUUUUCAACGGCGACCCCAAGGCCCCUUCGAAUUCCACCGAACUGCAUGCCUACAAUGCCGGCGUUCAGAUGGGCUGUUGGGGAUUGGUCAUCUAUGCCGCUACUGCAGCUGUGUGUUCAGCCUUGCUACAGAAAUACUUGGACAACUACGACCUCAGCAUCCGAGUGAUCUACAUCCUGGGCACUUUGGGCUUCUCCAUUGGCACGGCAGUGAUGGCCAUGUUCCCCAAUGUGUACGUCGCCAUGAUCAUGAUCAGCUCCAUGGGCAUCGUUUCCAUGAGUAUAUCCUACUGCCCCUACGCCCUUCUAGGGCAGUAUCACGACAUCAAGCAGUAUAUCCACCAUAGCCCUGGGAACUCAAAGCGAGGUUUUGGCAUAGACUGCGCCAUCUUGUCCUGCCAAGUCUACAUCUCCCAGAUCCUAGUGGCCUCUGCGCUGGGAGGAGUGGUGGACGCCGUGGGCACCGUGCGGGUCAUACCCAUGGUGGCGUCGGUUGGGUCUUUCUUGGGCUUCCUGACGGCCACGUUCCUGGUGAUUUACCCCGACGUCGGCGAGAGCCCGAAGGAAGAGCAGAAAGGGCUGGCGCCUCCCGAGGCGGGCGAGAGCGGCGGCGACGCGGAUGGGGAGAAGCCGACCGUGAUCAAGCUCUCUCGGAAAGAAGCCUCCGCGACAGAAGUGGAAAACGAGUCGGCCGUUUGAGCGAACCGCCGCCAUUUGCACACAUUCCAAGCCGUUCCAGGUGCAUGAAUCGGGACGUUCUCGCAAAGCAGAAUCUGAACUUUUCCAAGGACAUCCUUGCUGCAGCAUCGGAUUGAAAUGGUUCUUUCAUGCAAAAAUGUAGAUGAAAUUCCAUAGUCUUAGGGUAGCCUUGAAUAGGUAGCUUUGAUGCUGAUUGCUUUCUCUACAAUCCAGAAAAAUCUCCUUCCUUAGAGGUAUUUUUAAUGGCGAGAAAACGCGUUUCCAAGGGGACUUUUAUCGAUGGGCAGGAAAACGUUCUUGCGUGGUUUGCUUUGUUUUUUUAAGACCUCGUGGCGGUUUUUCAAAAUUCUCAAAUUACCCAUUUGGACUGUUUAUUUCCCUUCCACCAACACCACCAUUUUUAAAAACUGUAAUUAAAAAACGAAAGCAAUUCUGGCUGUGGCUUUUGCAGAAAAGUUUUCUGUUUUUUGUUCUGACUCCUUCAGACCUUGCAAGUUCAGUAGGAUGGUGUAUUUUAAAACUGAUGCCAUUUUUAUUAGGCUGACAGCCGCGGUUCUCUGCUUUAUGUUCCUCACCCUCCUUGAACCAUAGUCUGGAUUCCAUUUUUUCCCCGUGCAAUUACUACUAAGUAUCCUCCCCCCCCCCCCGCCGACUUCCCUUGGACGUAUUGCAUCAGUUACUGCAAGAAUUGCUGUCGCUUUAUUUUAUUAUUAUUAUUAUUUUGUUUUUGAUUCAAGCUGUUUGGAGCACCCGUCCCCGCCGACUGUUGCUUGCCAAGGAUUCCUCGAGUGUGAUCUUUUCGCCGUAGAGAUGGCGAUGUUUCGGUGGUCGGGAGGGACUUUCGGCUGGCCUUGGGACGGUGGGAGGCGACAUGCGUAGCUCUAAGGAGCACCAGUGGAACAUUCUGUGACCUGUUUUGAUCGGCGAGCCGGUCAGAAUUUGACUUAUUUUUUUCUUUUCAUCUUUUGGUGGCGUUUGAAAGCCAAUCAUCUCCUUUGUGACGAAGCUGCUAAUGGGGACGCGGAUCCCCCGCUGUCAGUUUCUGCAGACGGGCUGUGAGGUUCCCCUUUGUUUAGAAAGGGGGUCGUCGAUUGCACUUUUUUCUGAACUUCUGGGCUGGAAAUUGCGAUAGCGGAGAGUUGCGAAAGGUAGUCUGGCUCCCGCAAGCGUAAACCAAAGGCCUACCUCUUGAUAACUGCAGCCUGGAGAGAAAGAGAGAGAGAGUGCGUGUGUGUUGCGUGUGUUGUUGUUGUUUUUAAAAAGGAAAAUGUAUCUUGAAACAGCUUUGGGCCUUAAAGAAAACAAAAUUCACCAUUUUUUAAAAAAAAUGCUGUAACUUUAUUCCUAGGUAUGCCGGAGUCUUACUAAGCUGUUUUCCCAUGUCCUUUCAACCCAGACUCUCUCCCCUCCCAACUCCCCAAUUCCAGGUCCAGGACAAUAGCAGUAACACACAUAGCAGGUUGUCGGGUAGACCAGGCUCUCAUACCAAGCCAGGUGUCAUUCCUGGGGAUCAACAGCCUGUUAGAGGAUGUCCUUAAGAACAGCCAGCUUAGAAGGUCCUUCUCUUUAGAAAUGCGGGGGGGGGGGCUUCUCCUUGCACGUUCCCCUUGCGCCUUGCAGGCAGCGGGAGCCAAAAGAGGCCGCAGCUGGUUUGCAGGCUGAAACCACAGUGAACCCAGACUGCUCUUGCGAGAGAUUUCUGCUGCCUCAAACUCACCUAUUUAAAAUGCAUGCCUUGAACCAUGCUGCAAGUAUAGCAAUUCGAAAGCAAAAAUCCUAUCUUAUCUAUAUAUUUCAGAAUGAAAAGCAGUUUUUAAUAAAUUACUUGAAUUGUCAAUUGUUAUGUAUGUUUAACAUAGCUGAAAUGGAAAUCGCCUGGCUGGCAUCUCUGGGUAGUUUGAUGGCAUCUCCUGUUUGUUUCUUAGCUCUCCAUCAAUUUACAUAUUUUUACCUGCGGGGGUGGGCGGGGGGGUGGACAGGGUUUGCAUAGGCUUUUUAGAGGCCAGGAGGAUUUCAUGAAUGCUCAUUUUGUAUACAGGGUUUCACAAACCGUUUUUUAAAUGUGAGGUGGUCCCCCACCCCUCAAAAAAAAAAGACGACUAUUUGGUGCAUUUUGUUUGAAACUUCUUUUCAGAGCACAGUAUAAAACUACUGAAGUAAUCCAGUUAUUGGGGGGGCAGGAGGAGAAAAAGAAAAACCUUUCAGGAGCUUGUAGCCAAGAGAGCCCUCGCCUCCACCUAAACGGAAAGUCUCCUUUCACUACACAUAGGACUUUUUUAUUUUAUUUUUUGAAAAACUACUCCACGACAUUAAUUUGAGAUAGCUGUUCUCUGCGUAAAUUGCACCUUGUUCUAAGAGGACCCCACUUCAUCGCUCUCGAAAGCGUGUAAAAAUAGGAAGCUGCCGCUUGCGGC